AUGUCGCAAAAUACUCGCUUAUAUAGACACAGAAGAAUGCUGUUGUCGUUGCUCGUGACUCUGUUCUGUCUGCUAUCAUUCCGGAUCAUCGUCGAGCUCCUUGACUCGGAGAUGGUGGGAAUCGAAAGUAAUGGAAAAGAUGAAAUCCAUACCAGACCUGUGACGAAGGCAAAUGCUAGCGCGGAGCAAGGCAGAGAAAACGUUAAAUUUGAUCAUCUCUUAGGUUCCAAACGUCCGGAAGUUAAAUUCCGAGUUAGAACAGAGAAUUUGAAAAAAACCUACAAAGUUUCGGAAAAAAUUCGUAUCGUAAUCGAACCACGGCAUCCGAAAUUACUCGGUAAAUUGACGUCCUCUUUUUUCCGUGUGCAAGUAAUCGGCGUGCGAACAUUUUCACCGGAACAAAUUAAAUCCAGUAACUCUUCUCAAUUGGUUUUCGAAGCACCGCUCGUGGAUCCCGGUUUAUAUAAAGUUCGUGUUCGAAUAAUGUUUUACAAUUACCGUGAAAUGUAUAGCCUUGAAUCGACCGUGAGACCCGAUCCGAAAAUUUCUCCAAAGGUCAAACUGCUGGACCGGAUCAUAAUCGACGGCGAUUGGAAUUUCACUGUGGUAAAUUCAAAGUAUUCUUUAUCAUCCGACGUGCCGAGCUCGUGUAGUGAUAUUGACACUCUUACCGGGAGAUGGACAAGUUGCUUGAAAGAAUUUUUACCGUAUGAAUGUAAUAUUCCAAAGUAUGAGAGAACCGCGUUUCCAAGGAUAUUCGAAAAAAAUUCUUUUCGUUACGGUUGGAUCAGAUUUAUUGGUGAUUCCAAUACUCGAGGAUUAUUCCAGACACUUCAGAGGCAUGUGGGGCACAUGGAAUGUGUUUGGGUACAUGAGAGUCCAAAGGCGGAAAGACGGACGCAAUACGUUUGCGUCUUGCCUUACUCCAAUGCAUUGUAUGAUGAUGAUUUGCGUCCCAAAGAGUUGGUGUUGACUUAUGAAUGGUUUUUCCCUGGCAGCUACUACAACCUGGAGUCACUUUUGAACAGCACUUUCGAAGAUAUUUGCAAGCCCUUCACUAAAUGCCGUUCCAAAGAGCUAUGCAAUUUCCAAGAACCCUUAUCUUACCGAAAGUUUUGCGCCAACAAACAUGCUGACUACACCUUUAUUUCGAUUGGUUCUCAUACUCCGGAAUGGAAUGAAAGAACAAAUGACAUUUACUUGCGCGAAAUGUUCGAUCAUAUCCACCAGAAUUAUAAUCAUAAGAUAACUUUUAUGACGACUAAUGCCGCGAACGUUCAUAACAUUCCACGAUUUUAUGGAAUCCAGUACAUCAUAAGAAACAAUUUCCGCAUCGCGAGGGCUAACGAGAUGUUGAGAAAACACGUGGAAAUCAGCGUAAAGCAAGGGUAUAAGAAUAUUGAUCUAUUAGACAUCUUUAGCACCUCGCAGCCAAUCUGGGAAUAUUCUCGUGACGCGGUUCACUACAACAGUUCGAUUUAUAAUGUGCAUGCUCGGCUAGUGCUCGAUAAGUUGAUAGCUUGGCUUGAAAAACAAGUAUAA